AUGCGACUUCACUCCUCUUUUGUUGGGGCAAUUAUUGCCAUCUUUUUCACGACUUGCUCUUGUGAUCACCAGCGAUCGAAAAAGCAAGACUCUACAGGGGACUCUACGAUCAAGCCAAUCAAUAGUUCUCAACCUGUCAAUGGCAGUGGUAAGUUCACGGGCAGCGCUUCUUGUCUCGAACCACUUGCGCGUAAAACAAAAUACUUUCCCGACAUUGCACAAGAACACCAGGAUGGUGGUAAUACCGGAAGUGUCGAUUUUCCCGGCCCGCAAGGGAGAAACAUCUCAAUGACCACUUUCGCCUUUCCCAUCGCCCCACUGCUCUUCGACCACAAAGGACGCAUCACAACAGGCGUGAUCACCGAUUCAGGUGACGCCAUCGCAGCCAUCGACUCCGAAACUCUCCAAGUGAUAUCCGAGUGGAACCAUCCCGCUGGAAUCGAUUUGAAAGUCCCGUACAUGCAAGAAAGUCUCGAUGGCGACAUCAACAAUAUAGUGGUGGGGUCUCAACAAGGUCGUUUGUUCGUCGUGCAGAAGAAUAAUUCUGUUCAUCUGCCAACGUUUACUACCAUGAGGGACAUCAACCUGACUCAGUAUCUUCAACUUGGCGAAGUUUUGCUGAAUUUUGGGUAUGACGGUCUUCUCAAUAUCUGGUUUACGACGGGCUUGAUUUCAGGAACACCAGGAACUUCGACUGCCCCUCAAAAUACGACAACGAUUGGCUACCUCACUCCAUCUGAUGAAGUCUAUACCAUCCACAUCCCACACUCAGCGGUCGAAAAUGGAAUAGCUAUCCAAAACACAAGUGUCUACGUUAUCACUGGUCUGCCAAUGAGUGACAUGAACAGCGCUACAGCUUACAUCCUUGCUCUUGCACCUGGUGAGAAGGGUAUAGAGACGUUGUGGAGCGCGCCAUAUAACGCUGGCUUGUCUCUCAAGCCUGGGGGCUUUGCUCGUGGUUCGGGGACUACACCCACACUGCUGGGUGAUGCUUAUGUUGCUUUUGCGGAUAACAACGACACGCAAAUACAUGUCAAUAUCUACCAUCAAGCCAAACAAGCGUCCAAUCAAUCGCAGCUACUCUGUCAAGUCCCAGUCUUUCAUCCGGGACAAAGUGCUUGUGAUAAUGCACCCAACGUCCACGCAGGCGAAGACGGCUACACAAUGGUCCUUUUCAACGACUACAAUACUCCGGGCGUCUACCCCUCCCCCACUACUUCCCAACCCCUCAACGGUCCUUUCAACAACCUCACUCAAAUGACCCCCGGCGGCGUCCAAAUCCACAUUCCCCUCUACGGCUCCGACUGUAGAAUUGCCUGGGAGAAACCGAUCCGGAUGUCCGCUCUCCCGAUCUUGUCCACAGAGACAGGAUUGUUGUAUGGCUAUGAACAGAAUUUGCAUGAUUCGUUGGAGGGAGAGUGGGUUUGGUAUGUUACGGCGCGGGAUUGGAGAACGGGGAAUUUGGUGUGGAAGGUGGAGACGGGCGGUGGGGGGAGUUUUGAUGACGAUUAUCAGAGUACGGUGCUUGGGCGGGAUGGGACACUUUACCAGGGGGUGGUGGAUGGGAUUGUGAUGUUGAAGGAUGGGGAGGGUGAGGGUUGUGAUUGUUGA